UAAAAGAGAAGAAAACCUAACCUUACUUGUAUGUUUGGAUUUGGUUGAAAACAUUUAUUAGUUUAUUUGAUAUUUGAAUAUAUUUUUAUUUUAACAUAAUGGAUAAUGGGGAUAAGCAGUUCCCUAACAGACGAGAUGGAUAUUACCAGUAUGGGUAUAACAAAUAUCGGUAUCACAAAGAUUACAGAAAUAGAUAUGGUCAUACAUUCAAACAGAAUUUUGCACCGCGGUUUCGAGAAAAAAGAAAAUUAGUAAAAAAUAAUGAUUCUGAAACAGUGUCCAGCUCUCAUUCACCUGAUAUUGGCAGUGAAGAGUACAUGACUCAAAAAAUAAAGGAAACAAGUGCUAUAAUAAUGCGACACUUGUUGACUCCAGAAGAUAACAUUAUUCCUUCAAAGAAUGCUAGAAAUGUUGAAUUACCAGAAAAUGAUACUCCCGCAGUUCAAGUAACUGAUAAGAAAAACGAGAGAAAACGAAUUCGAAACACAGGACAAUCAGAAUCUGUUGGUAAAAAAUCUUCCUUUAAUGUAAAUGAGAUUCAUAACAAAAUAAUGAACCAUAUUAGUAAUCUCAGUGAUGGAAGGAAAAAAAUUUUUAUAAGUACAGGAACUCCUGGUUAUGAUGAAGCUAUAGAUCAAAUUCUAAAACAAAGAAGACUUGAAAUUUCUAGAGCUUUAAGAAAUGUUGUUAACGAGACAUCUGAAGUAACUGAAUCUAUGCAUUGGAUUAAUUCAAUUAUUCCAGAUAUAGGUAUAAAGAUUGAAGAUCUGCCAAAAGAAAUUCUUGAAGAACUACAAUCUAGUUUUAGUAAUCAGGAAGAUUUACAAUUAUAUCCUGCAUCCCUAGAUACAAACUUACCUAAUGAUGUUAUCAAAAUGGAGGAAAAAGAUUCGCUAGUGGAAAUUACAACAAAUGAUUUAAUCCCUUCCGACACUCUGAGAGAAAAUAAAAGUGAUGUUGAUGAAAAUGUUCAGUUUCAAGAUAAGACUGUUAAAAUGGAAGAUGAUGAUGAUAAUGCUGUAAUUAUCCAAGAUGAUAAUAUAGAAACUAUAAUAAUCGAUGAUGAAGAACCAAAAAAGAAUAAAAUAUUGAAAAAUAAUCAUAAGAUGACUAGAACAAAGAAGAAAACUAUAACUAUACAGCAAUUUCUGAGAAUAAACUUUCCUAGUACCCCAAAAACAUUAAAAGCUUGUGUAGGGAGAAUGCUAAGAAUUGAUAAAUAUAUUGAACAAUUGACCCAAUAUAGGCAGAAUUUAUUUAAAGUCUCUAAAACAAAUACUGAGAGAGUCCCUAAGCAAAAGAAGAGAAAAAAAGUUGAUAAACCAGCGUGCAAAAUAAAUUUAUCAACUAAACAAUCAGAGAAAAUAAAUUCUAAUGAAAUUAAAAACCCACAAAAAAUUUUGAAUUUUGGAAAUUAUACAGAAAAAAUAUUGGUUUUAAGGAUAUGUGAGGAUAAAUUAGUGGCUGGAACAGAAAGUGGUAAAAUUUAUAUCUUCAGUCUCAGUGAUGCCAGCUGUUUAAACGAAAUACAAAUAACAACUGUUCCCAUAUCUUGCCUUCAUUUUACUAAACUAGAAGAACAUAGUAAACCUUACAUGUUCAUAGGCAGUUUUGGAUCAUAUCUCAAAGUAUAUAAUUUUUACAGCAUUAAUCUUCUACAGGACAUCUUUAUUGAAGAUAGUAUCCAGUGUAUGGAACCAAAAUGGGAAUAUUUGUUUUUAGGAUGUCUUAGAGGAACUUUAAUGAGAUACUCCAUAAAGAAACGAAUUGUUGAGUAUGAAGAAAAGUUUGAUUUGAAUCCGAUUUUUGUAUUGAGAGCUACACAAGAAGGUGCUAGAAAAGUGUUGCUUAUAGGAUCUCGAAAUUCUUCAGUUUUGAUAAGAGAUGCUAUGAGUGGAUUACAUUUAAGAACAUUGGAUACUAUGUGUCCUACCGUAUAUUGUAUAGUCUUGGAUAAACAUUUUGUAUAUUGUGGCACAACGUCCCAUGACAUUUUAAAAUUCAAUUUUCAUAAUGGCGAAAUUCAUGAGAGGUACAAAGCAACAAACUCCAAGGGGAUAGGUUGUAUGAAAAUAGUUGGAAAAUGUUUGUUUGCAAGCUGCCACAAUGGUGAUGUUUAUGUAUAUAAUGUGGAGAAUAAUAAAUUAACUGGAAAACUAAAUGGACCCGGUGGUGUAAUCAUAUCAAUGGAAGUUUUAGAAAAUCAAGUCGUUGUUGGUACGAUGUCGUGCAAAUUUUCUUCCAUUCCUAUUCCUUCAAAUAUUUUGAAUCAGAUGUAACAAUCAAUUGUUUACAGACAGAUGCCAUUCAACUAUUAUUUUUAUAAAUUAUUGGCUAGUGAUAUAGCUAUAAGGAUAGAAGUAAUGGACUCUGUAAAUAAAAAACUUAUUAUAGUACCCAUAAUAUAACACAUAAUUUAUUUUAAAAGAAUUUUUCAGGAAAUUUCAAGUGGCGUUUUUUUUAUAAUUGUAAAUUAGUAUAGUCAUUGUUCUUAUAAAAAAUAUCUAGCAA